AUGGAGUCCAUCCCAGUAGACUCCAGCGACGAGGAGAACACUGCUCCCAAUGGAGCGUACGACAGGCCAACGACCGGCCGCGACCCCCGGCUACGCCCUGGCGCAUACUACGCCGGCAGACCCACAAGACCCUGCCCAACCGGGAUCCGACAGGCUCGAGGCCGCACCCGAGCCCCGUCGCCCCCGAUGCAGCCAACCAUGCCCAGAGCGCCACCGCGCCGAGCCACGCCGCACCCAAUGUCCGAGUCGUCGGACGAGUCUCCGUCAGCCUCGCCAACUCGGCGCGCCGCGCCACCAACGCCUCCACGACCCUCGGGCCGCACCCGAGCCCCGUCACCCCCGAUGCAGCCAACUACGGCCCGAGCGCCACCGCGCCGAGCCACGCCGCACCCGAUGUCCGAGUCUUCGGAUGAGGCCCCCUCAACAUCGCCACCACGGCGCGCCGCGCCACCAACGCCUCCACGACCCUCGGGCCGCUCGGCCUCCCCGUACUACACGGACAGGACUGGACGCAGGAUCCCCUGCUCUCAAGCUCCGCCGUCGGGACCCUACCAAGGGUAUCACAACCCGGACGCGCCGGGUCACUCGCGUUGGUUCCACAACCCGCGCCCCGCUCCAGGACACCCCGACCCGACCGCUGCUGCUCCACCACCUGAAGGGCGUUACAGCCCAUGUAGCCCUCGCCAGCCGGACCCGGAGUCAGACGAGGAUGACGACGAGGAGGGAGACUCCCGAUCCCCCAGUCCAGCUGCCCCGGCACGCGACGAGGACUACGUGCUGGAGGAUGCCACCGACAGCGACGCCACCCCUCUGUACUCCGGAUACCACGGGGAGGAAGCCAGCGAGCAGAGCAACGACGACGCGCAAACAAUUAGUAGCGACAGCGAGCCAGACGAUGGUGCCCCCUCGGCAGCCCACUAUCAAUGGGAAGGAGAGGAGCGGUACGGGUUCUGGCGGGGAUCGUGGAUUCAGUUAAUCCACGCCUGCUACACCUCCAUUCUCAUCGAGGCACCCUUCCGGCCAACUCCUGACCCGAUUGUCACCUUUCCCCCGUCACCGGAGAGGCUGUGUAUAAUGGCCCCGGACGAGGACUGGGAGAUGGACUUGGGAAAUACCCCCGAGGUCCGCCCGCCGUCGCCAGCACUGGGGGAGGAUGCGGUCCUACCCAUCUUCCCCGGCGACCGGGCCGACGACAACGCACCACUGGCAUCAACGAGCAAACAGGCGCUCCACCUCCAAACAUACAACGACACACCAUUGGCAUCUACCAGCCAGCAAACGCGCCACAACACCAACCAGGACGAUGACAACGCCCCGCUAGCAUCCUCAAGCCGAGGCUCAAUUCCCAUCGCCAACGAAACCACCGAGCAGGGCUACCAGCCCACCGGGAAGGCGAUGCAGUGGGAAUCUGAGAGCAGCGAUAGCGAGACGGAGACGGGGCAAAAAUUCCGCCGCAAGGAGGCGCAACCACGGCCACCGCCGAACAUUGCUAUGCCAGACCAGCGAUCCUCGGCCCACCGCCGCGGGAUAGCCACCGCAAGGAACGCGCCGCCCAACGCUGCCGAGAUCAACCGCCGGGCAGCGAACCAUAGCCGCUCCACUACCCACGAGGAGGUCACUCCCCCAGCCACCCCACGUGUCGGCUUCGGAGAUCGCGGGUUCGAUCUCUCUCCGGGCACGAUGGAUAUGCUCAUGGAGGCGCUCGAGCCGGGAAUAGAGGGUCUUGUACAAGAAUUAAUCCCAGACUGGGACCCAAGUGCCCCUCCAGCGCCGCAUUUCCCGCGCCCAGUCCCUGCGACCACCACCGCCGACGAGGUCCCACCUCCAGCACCGCGCUUCCCGCGCCCAGUCCCUGCGGCCACCACCGCCGACGAGGUCCCACCUCCGGCACCGCGCUUCCCGCGCCCAGUUCCUGCGGCCACCACCGCCGACGAGGUUCCACCUCCGGGGCCACGCUUUGCUCGUCGAGCCCCUCCGGCGGAUGAUUUCACCACCGACGACCCAGCGCCCGAGCGAGUCGCCAUACCAGCCGCCUGGUGGACUAACACGCACGACCAGCGAGUUCCACUGGCGGUUUGGCAGGAGAUAGCGCGCCGGAGCCAUGCCGCACAGUACUCCCGUCAGCGCUUCCGCGUCCGCACGCAGGAAGGACCAUACCAAAUCCCCAUGAAAACGACAGGAGAAGUCCAGAUCCGUUUCGGCCGGGCGGAGUAA